AUGACAAGCGAAGAUUCUACAACUGUUAUAAGUCCUUUCGAUUUAUUACCAGACGAGAUUUGUUUAAGAAUAUUUACAGAAUUAUCUGUACCUACUAUUUGUCUUUGUCAAACGGUAUCCAAAAGAUGGUAUUACAUUUCUCAAGAUGAAUCAUUAUGGCAACAUCAUUGUUCAUUAUUAAUUGGACCGGGACCUUUGCCACCUAGAACAAGUUCAACUUUAGAUAGCUGGAAAAAAUUUUAUAGGCUUCAAUUGAAUUGGAAUAGUGGAACGGCAACAAAAACAUUUAAUUUUAAAGCUCAUGAUUCUAAAGUCAUUUCAUUAAAAUUACGAGGAAAUAUUUUAAUUACGGGAUCAAGUGAAAAGUGUCUUGGUGUAUGGAAUAUUAAAACUGGAAAACAGGAAAAAGAAAUUCAUGUUGGUGCUGACAUUAUUUGCGUUGAUUUCAUUGAACAUAAAGAUGUUAUUGCUUGUGGAUCUUAUUAUGGUGAUUUCGGAUGUAAGUUGUUUUCUCUUUCAACGGGAAAAUCUCUCGGGGAAUUUAGAGAGGAUCAUUGGAUAGGAACUCAAUGCAUGGAUAUUAACGAUGAAUAUAUUAUAUUAGGAACUUAUAACGGAAUGAUACAUGUACUAUCUUGGGAAGAUGGUAGAAAGAUAGCAUUAUUUCAUAUUCAUAAUAAUCGGGUUGCAGGUGUUCGCCUUCUUGGUAAAAAUACUGCCAUGUCCGUUUCAUCAAAUGGAGCUAUUGAUAUUUUCAGCAUUUCAACAAAUGAAUUACUUUAUCAAUACUUCCUACCAAGAACGGCUGUCAACAUAUGCGCAUUUGAUAAUAAUGUAGAAGGAAGUGACAUUUUAUGUAUUGCACCAAAUGGAGCAAUAUUUCAUUUAAGAUGGGAAGGCUCAGAAGAAUUUAAUGAUGAGAAAGGAUCUACUUCGAUAAUUGGAUCGUUAGCGACAUUUCCGCCAAAAAGCGAUUUAUUAAUUUAUAAUCCAGAUGGCAGUAAAGAAAAUGGAAUUCGCGGCUUUAAUAAGAUUAAAGUAAAGAAUGUUACGUCAUCUGAUACAUAUGAUUCUGUAUGUAAUGUAAAUGUCAAUAUCGAGAAUGUAGGUGGUCAAACAUCAUCAUCUGAUUCAUCUGAUUCUGUAUUUAAUGUAUUGGGAAUUGAUGAAGAAAGGGUUGUGGCUGGCUGUACAAGAGGCUGGAUUCGUUGUUUUGAACUUAAUAUUUGA